AUGCUUAUUCAGUGCUUUAAUUUAAAACCUUUGAGGAAUAUUUAUCGUCACGUGAAUCCAAUUCAUCACAUCUUACCUUCUCAACAGGUUCUUCUAAAUUCAGUAUCUAAACGGAAUAUUUUCGCUGUUACCGGUAUUCAACCAAGUGGUAAACCUCACCUCGGAAAUUAUCUUGGAGUUAUAAAACCGUGUGUUACGUAUUGUCGUGAUAGUGAUGUGUCACAGUUCUUUAUGCUGAUCGCAGAUUUACAUUCUCUUACAUCAAACAAUUGUAAUGACCUGAAGCAUGGUAUUCAUGAACUUGUGGCUACUUUGCUCGCAUGUGGAUUUGAAGCAAAUUCUUCAAAGCAAAUUAUAUUCCUUCAAUCUUCUGUGCCUGGACAUACUGAACUAGCAUGGAUCUUAUCAUCAGUUUGCUCGAUCCUGAGGUUAGCUCAUUUGCCUCAAUGGAGAGAAAAAUGUGGAUAUUUUAACUUAGUGUCUGAUGUAUCUACUAACAAUACUUUAUCAAUGAAUAAUAUCCAUGAUAAUGCUUCCGUUGGUUUAUUUACCUAUCCUACUUUACAAGCUGCUGAUAUACUUCUUUAUGGAGCACAUUCAGUUCCUAUUGGAGCUGAUCAAAUAACUCAUAUUGAAUUAGCACGUGAUCUAGUUCGAUCAGCUGUACAUAAAUGGCCGUCAUUAUCAUCUAUUUUACAUAUACCUAAUAGUGUCAUUUUUGAUGCACCUAAAAUAAACAACCUAACAAAUCCAAUUAAAAAAAUGAGUAAAUCUGAUACAUCAGAAUUAGGUAUAAUCUAUCUAACUGAUACACCAGAUAAUAUUUAUAAAAAAAUUAGACGUGCUGAAACAGAUUCUAUCCGUAAAAUUACUUAUGAUAUUGAAAACCGUCCUGGAGUAUCAAAUUUAUUAAGAAUUCUAUCUGCUAUCCAGGGUCGUAAAAUUGAAGAAAUUCUAUCUACAGUACCUAAUGAUUGGAGUAAAGAAGAUUUGAAAUCCAAAGUGUCAGAUGCACUUAUUGAAGAAUUUGAUCCAAUUCAAAAACGAAUAAAUGAUCUUAUGAAUACAGAAGAAGGCCAAUCUACUAUAGUUAACUGUUUAUCACAUGGUUCAAGGCGAGCUAACCAGUUGGCUACAAAACGUUUAGAGCUAAUUUACUCUGCUAUUGGUUGUAAGAUACCAGAUUGUAAAAAUUAUUCUUCAUCAUAUAACUAA